AUGGCUGGAGCUGUGUCGGGGAGGGAUGUGUUGGAAUACCACGCAUCUUGCUUGGACUCGGUGACCUUAAAACGCCCUCUCCUUCCCGGACGGGACGCGAGGUGCCCGGUGGGCGGUGCGGGGCGGUCCCCGGAGCUGCGGGCGGUGCGGGGGCGGCUCCCGCGCGGUCGGCCCGGGCUCCCCGCUCGGCGUCACUGCCGCUUCCUCGGCGGGCGAUUUGAAGGCGAUGAGGGGCGUCACUGCCGCUUCCUCCGCGCGGGGCGGUCCCAAGGCCAUGGCGGGGCGCCCUCUUCCCGCCGUCGGAGCUGGCGGCGGAGCUGGAGUGCUCCAUGUCGCUGCUGGAGGUGGGCGCCGGGAGCGCGGAAGCAGCAGCAGCAGCCGCCGCAGCAGUGGGGGGCGGGCGCGGAGGGCUCGGACAGCGAGCUGCCCAUGGUGUUCCUGUGCGCCGGCUGCAAGCGGCCAGUGGGCGACACGCUGAGCUGGGUGUCCAACGACGAGGAGGGCGGCUGCAUCCUGCUGCGCAGUGAGUCCCGGCCCCGCCGCCAUGGCGGCGUCUCGGUGGACCACAAGCGGAAGCUCUCCAAGCUGCCCGACGAGUGCGGAUGCGUGGUAGAAACCUUGUUCUGCUCUGGCUGCUCCAGGACACUUGGAAACAUCUACAAGUGCACCCCAAGCAUCUUGACUACAAGAGGGGGUUUGUUCUGUUUCAGCAUUGAUUCUAUUGAAAGCUAUAUUCUAGGAUCCUCAGAAAAGCAAGCUCUUACUGAUGAGGAGCCGCUGACUCUUGAAAGUCAAGCUGUCUUGCAAGAGGUGCUGGAAAGGGCACACACUAUAUUAAAAGCUCUGGAGACAAGACUGACAGCUAUUGAGUCGUGUGUGGCUCCUCUGCCCAAGAAAGUCUGAAAGAAAUUGCAUGUUUAACUGCUGAAGACUGGAGAAUGUGAAACUUGUCCUUGUAAUUCUCUGGGAUCAGUGGAAACAUUGGAAAAGCUGUCAGAGAACUGAAAGACAGGAGUGGCUCUUGCUGUAGUGGAACAGUGCUGAGUCUGCAUCCUAGCCAUCCUAACCAACCUCUUCUUUCUCUUAAAAGGAUACCCCAGAUAGAAAUAGAUUUUUUUUUUUUCUUAAGCAAGACUUGUGAUAAAUCAAUCUGUAGACUUCUGGUUUAAUGUAAAUAUUUAUUUAAUUUUUUCUCUCUGAAAGCAAAGAAUUUAUCUCCUGACUUCCCUGAUAUUCAAUAUCUACUGAACUGGGUGUGCAUUUUCCUAAACCAAUGCAAAACCUCCCUGUGAUGCUGUGAUGUCUGAAGGAACAACAUUAAGUCACUUUUCCCUGUCUUGUCUCCACAGCCUUUGCUCAACUCAUGCUCAGAGACAUGAAUGGGCCAAAAACUAUGGUUUUGUGGUUUGACAGUUUCGUGGUUUUUUUUUUACAAGUUCAAAGCUAAAAUGUGACAUCAAUAAAGGCUUUAAAAGCAUUAGAUAAAAUGGCUUUUCCAUGCUAUAAUGCUCCAGUUUUGAAGCUUUACGCUUAACUGGAAAUAUUACUUAUAUUUAAGAAUUUUAUGUUUGCUUACUAAACUUUUGAAAAGCUUUUAGUUCGUUCUUACUUUGAAUUCACAUAUAGAGAAAACACUGCUACGCUUUCUCUAAGAGAAUUUCUUUUAAUUUAGUUGGAAAAUAAGACAUUUUGGCAAAAGGUUUUACAGGGGGUGGCAUAACCAAGGCAUAAGUAUUUCACCAAAACACCCAGCACAAAGGCUCAGUUCACAAAAGCAUCCACCACAAAACAGUCACUACACCAUCUUAGUAGAACACAACUCAUUGGUUUUAAGUUACCCACAAGAGAAAGAAAAGACUAAAGGAAGAAAACAAAGUAAAUAGAGAGGAGAGAGGAAGGAGAGAAAAAUAGUUACCGCCACGAUCUGAUGGCUCUCAUGGCAGCAGCCAGAAGAGAAAAGCUCUCGUAGGGUCUCGUGCUCCUACAUUUCUAUAGUUUGGUCCUGCCUCCCAGGCAGGAUAUCCAGUCAUUGACCACUCAGUGCCUUCCAGGCCAGAGUGAGGUGUGUGUAGCCAGUCACAGGCUCCAGGGGUGUGGUGUGGGUGGGCUACCAAGUAGGUCUGCCUUGGCUGACAGCUUGGCCACAUGGCUCUUGGAGCUGCUGUGUGCGCUCCGUGGGCUCAGCUGUCUGUGGUGGCUGCAGGCCUUACCCUGUGCCUUGUGGCUCUGCCAUGUGCUCUCUGUGGGCAGGCCUUGCCAUGUACCUGCAGGCCCAGCCACACACUUACAGCAGGUUGACUCUGACCCGCAUGAAUAUAUGAUUCAGUGAGAUUUGAACUCAGUAUCUCACAACUGCAGUAUUGAAAGUCAGAUGUUUUACAGCUUCAAGGGGAGGAAACCAAACCAGGCUGGUGGCAGCACUCCUUUAAGCAAAACUUGGUAUAUAUUUGAGCCAUUAGUUCAAAAUGCUAACUAGGAACACUUGCCAGCAAUUUUUUUUGUUUUAAUGCAGAUAUUUCAGUUAUUUGUCUUUGGUCUUCUAUGCAUUUGACUAAUUGUCAGCGUUUCUUGUACAGCAUGAGUGUUCCACCUAAUGUUUUUCAAUAAAAGCAAGCAGCUGUGGUGUAAAGCAAGAAUAA